CCAAAACUGUGUUCGUGUAUAAAGUAAAAGAAGAGAAAAUUCACUCGCUCACUAAAGUUGAUUUUGAGUCAGUCUGAGAGAUAUUUUCAUCGGAUUCGGAACGUUUUCCAUCGCGUUCGUGGAAAUAAAAAAAAAUAAUUAAAAGAAGUUGAGUAAAGAGGAAAUAUUUCAUUAUCAAAGUUGCAGUCAGUCUUAUCAUAUCACACACAUUAAAUAUCAAAAGAUAAAAGAUACAGUCGUAAACAAGUGGCAAAAAAAAAGUUAAAAAUCAUUGUUUUAUUUGUGAAAUAAAAUCUUAUCAACCGAAUAAAUCAGCGUGAAACGAGAGAAAAAAAGGCAAAAAAUUUAAAAGAAGAACGAAACUCAAAUGCCAGGCGAAACAGGAACAAAGUCGCCAGUUGCGACGUCACCGCAGCCUCAAAAGAAAGCACCAUCGUCAGCUAGUCGAGCAGCAUUGGCAAAAGUGACACUCCUCGAUGGAUCAACAUUAGAUGUCACAAUCGACCGUAAAGCAAAAGGACGUGAUUUAUUGGCUUCAGUAUGUUCAGGACUCAAUAUUGCAGAGAAAGAUUAUUUCGGUUUGUUGCUGCAAACACAACCAGAUCCACGCAUAUGGAUUGAUCUUGAACGUCCAUUAUCGAAAUAUUUUAAAAGUGAUCCAUGGAUUUUGGAUUUUGCAGUUAAAUUCUAUCCACCUGAGCCCGCUCAAUUGCAUGAAGACAUCACCCGUUAUCAUUUGUGCCUUCAAGUACGCAAUGAUAUCCUUGAGGGAAGACUCCCAUGUUCCUUUGUUACACACGCCUUAUUAGGCUCAUACUUGGUGCAAUCUGAACUUGGUGAUUAUGAUCCAAAUGAGAUGCGCGAUAAAACUUAUUUGAAAGAUUUCAAAAUUGCACCAAAUCAAACAUCGGAACUUGAGGAAAAAGUUGUUGAUUUGCAUAAAACACAUAAAGGUCAAACACCAGCCGAAGCAGAACUUCAUUACUUAGAGAAUGCCAAAAAGUUGGCUAUGUAUGGAGUCGAUUUACACCCAGCCAAAGAUUCUGAAGGCGUUGACAUAAUGCUUGGUGUUUGUGCUUCAGGCUUGCUUGUUUAUCGCGAUAAAUUGCGCAUUAAUCGUUUUGCAUGGCCGAAGAUCUUAAAGAUAUCGUACAAGCGAAAUAACUUUUAUAUCAAAAUUCGUCCGGGUGAAUUUGAACAAUAUGAAGCAACAAUUGGCUUUAAACUCGCAAAUCAUCGUGCAGCUAAGAAAUUGUGGAAAUCAUGUGUUGAACAUCACACAUUCUUCAGACUUAUGACACCCGAGCCUGUCCAGAAAUCAUCAUUAUUCCCAAGAUUUGGUUCAAAAUAUCGCUAUUCAGGUCGUACACACUACGAAACGAAGAAGGCACCCGUCGAGCGUGCACAGCCAAAUUUCGAGAGAAGCUUGACAGGAAAGAAGCUUUCAAGUCGCAGUAUGGAUGCUUUGGCGUUAAAGGAAGAUCCAAAAGAGAAAGAGAAUAAGCGUCACACAAUGUCACAUCCACCAGAUCAUAUUCCAGAACUCGAUUCACCACGUCAAUCACGUAGUCCCAUAAAGAAGGAGAAGAAGGAAAGGAAACCAGCUGGUGGCGUAGCCGUAUUGCCUGUUAGAGAAAAGGAACCAAAAGAGAAAGAACAAAAACCAACAAAGGAAGAAGGACUCAAUGGCAAACAAGAGAAAGAUCCAAAUGAAUCAUUGGAUAAAUCAAAUGAAGAAGGCAAACCGGAGGAGGAUGAUAAGGGAGGCUUCUUCAAACGUAGCUUUUUCUCGGGCCGUAAGUCACAAUCUCCCGCUAAGGAGAAAGAUAAGAAGGUUAAGGAAAAGACUCCAGUCAAAGACGUUGCAGUUGAAAAUAAUGAAAAGAAUAAGGAAAAGCAGCAACAGAAGCCAUCAGGAUUCACAAAACCAUAUGAAUAUGAUGAGGCAAGCGAUCCAAAUUUGAGUCCAUCGAAGAAGCAUCUCAAAGGAUUCCGAUAUGAUGAAGAUCCAAAAAUACGUGAUAAGCAGCAGGAUGGUGACAAGCUAAGUCCAACAUCAGAACAUCAACGUCGUACUGGUUUAGCAUUUAAUUAUGCACCAGGUGAAAAUGUUAAGGAAACAGCUGAAAAGUUGAAACAUGGAGAAUUAUCCCCAAGAACACGCGAUAAGAUUCAACGCGGUGAAUUGUCACCAAAGUCUCGUGACAAGCUGUUGAAGGAAGGCAAUUUAUCUCCGAAGACACGCGCAAAAUUGAUUGGCGGUGUUAUGGCUGACGGUGACAAGGAUAAGACAAAGCAUUCACCAACCAAGAGUUAUUCACCGACAGAAGAUAAUAAACAAGCUACUGGAAAUAUUCCAAGCGGAACUGAAGGCAAAUACAGACCAAUUUCAGACGAUCCAAAUGCCAAGUUUAUUAAUAAUGAGAAAUACGAUCCAAACUUGUCAUUCGUUCCAUCUGAAUUGAAAACAACAGCAGUUCCAGCAACUGCAGCCGAUCAAGAAAAGAAAAAGAUUAAAGUCAAAAUUAUGGUUAUUGUCGGUAAAAUUGAUCCAAAAACAAAGAAAGUUGAUGUAUCAAAUGGAGAUGUUGAGCACUCAAUUGGAAUAUUAGAUAAAGAUACUGGAUUAAUUGAAACAAGAUAUGGUGUAAUUGAUAGAAAGACAGCAACACUUACAACAGACGAUGGAAAAGGCGGUGAAAUUAAACGUCAAGGAACGAUUGAACCAAAAACAGGUCAUAUUCAAAUUAUUGAAGGCGUUGUCGAUCCAACAACAAAUGCACAAAAUCCAGAAUUGGGUCAAGUUAUCAGUAUUGUUGAGGAGAAGAGUCCAAUUGUUGAAAUUACAGCAAUUACAAGCAAGCUUGAUGCUGAUAAUAAAGUAGAUCUUGUUAAUGGAGAACUUGAGAGGACACGCGGUGUAUGGGAUGUUGAAAAUAAUUGCAUAGAAACAAAAUACGGUCUCAUAAAUUUAAAGAAUGGUGAAGUCAAGACCGUUGAUGCAAAAUCAGGAAAGCCCGUCAGUAAACAAGCGAAAGUUGAUCCAGCAAACGAUUCAAUUACAAUUAUUGGUGUACAAGAUAAGGCUGGCAAGACAGACAAUACACAAGGACACUUAUUGGCUAUUGGAAAUGAAAUCGAUCCAUUAGUUGAAAUUGUAUCUGUUGUCGGUAAAUUAGAUAAGAAAGGUAAUCUUGAUCCAAAAUCGACAGUACUUGAAACGUCAUCAGGUCAAUUAGAUGUUGAAAGUGGCAAGAUAAACACAAAGUAUGGACAAUUUGAUUUAGUCAAGAACACUGUUACGUUUGUUGAUCCAAAAACAGGCAAGACAGAAAUUAAGGAAGCUAAAGUUGAUCCAAUUACUGGACAAGUUAUAUUGAAGAAUCAAAUUAAUCCAAAAACAGGCAAACAAGAUAAGGACUUUGGACGUAUUAUUAGUUUACGAAUUGUUAAUAACCGCAUUGAUCCAUCAGGCAAAACAGUUACAGCAGCUGAUGAUACAAAGGAUGUAAGAUUUGAUCCAAAAACAAAUCAAAUUUGGGUUGCAAAUGAAAGAGAUCCAAGAACAGGCGAACAAGUAUUUACAUCAUCACAAGUUGAUCCUAAAACCGGCUACAUCAUAACAAUUUAUGGUUAUUUAAAUCCCAAGACUAAUGAAAUCGAGAAACAAGUCAAAAUGGAUCCAAAUGUCAUAAAAGUCGAUCCCACAAAUGGACAAAUUUAUUCAGCAACUGGCGAACGUGACGAACAUGGUGAACCAUUAUUCUCAGUAUCGGAAGUGAAUCGUGAAACUGGUGACGUUUAUCAAAAAGUUGGAAAAGUUGAUCCAAGAACUGGCAAAAUUGUUAUCGUACGAGUAUUUUUGGUAUCGAAACGUGACGAACGUGGAAAGCCACAAGAUAUUGACUUGAAAUCCGUUGAAUUUGAUGAAAAGACAGGACGAAUCAUAAAUAUUGUCUCAAGCACAAUCUAUGUUUAUAAAAUGGUCGAUCCAGUCACAGGUGAAGUUGUUCAAGUCGAUCCAGAUGAUCCUAGAAUAUCAGGCGCAAGAACGACAGUCACACAAACCUUAACAUUAACCGGCGAAAUUGAUAGUGUAACAGGAAGAAUAAAAACAGAAUAUGGUCAUAUAGAUCCAAAUACAGGAGAAAUUGACCCAGCGACGGCAGUAAGAGAUCCCGUAACCGGUAAACUUAUUCUCAAUUAUGCCGAUAUCGAUCCAUCACAUUUCGGAAAGAAUGUGACAGUCACAAAAAAUACAGUUCCCAUAACGCGAGAUGAAUUCUUUGAAGGCACAAAACACUUAGGACAACAUUUAUUAGGCGAUGACGAUGGCACACCGAUUGACAUUGACGAUGAUUUAAAGAAAUAUAGAUUUAGUGGAGCUCCUACUGUUGUAAAAACAACCACAAAACAAACAAUUACACGGGGUGAUGAUGGCGUCACGCACAAUGUUGAGGAGAAAGUACAAAAUUUGGGAACUGGCGAGGUUACAUAUUCGACGCAAGAACAUAAGUCUGAUGUUCCAAGUAAUGAUACAUCAGGUUCUUAUGUUGCUGGCAAAGCAGUCACAACACGCACGGCUAUAACAAAAGAAGAUUUAAGCACAAAUGUAAAGACACAACAGCUCGAGGAAAAGACAGUUGCAACAACGACAAAACAGAUUGCUGAUCGACAGGAACAAAAGGUCAUAACACAAGAGGUUAAGACAACUAUGACAACCGGCGAACCGCAGCAAUUCAAUCGGCGCGAAAGUGUCUCAUCAACAAGCUCAGAUGAUUCCGGUACGCCAAUUGAUGGAAUCGAAGGAGAAGAUUUUUACCCCGACGUCAUUCAAAAUAAAUCAUUCACGGGCGUCCGUGAUCAUGAAAUCAAUCAACCGAAUGUGGAACAACAGACAGUCUUCGACCAAACAAAUCAAUCAGAAAUUGUCUCAACGCAAACUGUUUCAAGCAAGACACGAACUGUCGAAACAAUUACUUAUAAAACCGAACGUGAUGGUGUUGUUGAAACGAGAGUUGAACAGAAAAUAACGAUACAAUCCGAUGGUGAUCCAAUUGAUCACGAUAAAGCUUUAGCUGAGGCGAUUCAAGAAGCAACAGCUAUGAAUCCAGACAUGACAGUUGAAAAGAUAGAAAUACAGCAGCAAACGCAAUAAAAUGUGUGUUUAUUAUAAGCAGAAAAGAAAAAAAAAAUAUGGAAAAAAUGUUUCAGAACCAUUUCAAACCUCUCCAGUUUUUUUUUUUAAAAUCUACACAACUACAUUACAAUAAUGUUUAAGGAACAUAGAAGCAAAAAAAAAUAUUUUACGUCAUUAACUUUCGUUCUUUAACAAUUAAUUUCUAUUCAUUUAUAAGAUUUACGAAAAAGGGUGGAUAAAAAAAUAAUAAUUUGUGCAAUGGGACGUUCUUUGAAAGAAAAAACAGCACAUGACACUCUAAAUUAAUCUCUUCUAAAGAAAACAAAAAUUUUGUAUAACGUCAAUUACAUUGCACCUAGUUUUAAGAUUUAUUCUCUGUUUAUAAUUAUUAAUAUUAGGUAUUACUUUUUUUUCAAACAAUAUUUAUAAUUGAGAAUUCAAGAAAGAAAGUCCAUUUCUUUACCAUAACAGCUAUAUAUUAUAAAUAAGACGAGAUACAUGAUUAUUAUUAUUAUUAUUAUUUAAAGUAUUAAAACUGUAUGUUUGUUUUUUCUUUAAUUUCAUUUUUAACUAUCUAAAUGUGACCCAAUUAUUCUGAUGGACCAUUUCUGACUUUUUCCAAUCCCUCAAACUGUUUACUAAGCGCAUUUUCCUCAAUAAUAGCAACUUUGACGUGUAGCUUUUAUAACGAACAAUUUAGAUUUAAAUAGCAAAUCAGUGAGAAAAUUACAAGGAAUCGAUGACUUUUGAUUCUCAGGGGAACAACAACCCAAUAAUUGCUUAACUCAAAUUAAAAAACCGUUAAAUAUCCAAUUAAAGAAACUGCUAAUUCAAAUUCAAAAAAACCGUUAAAUUUUAAAACUUUUUCCAAUUUUAAAGUAAUUCAAUAGAAAAAUCAAAUUUGCUUCCGUAACUAUUCAAUCAAUAUAUACAUACAAAAGAAUAAAUAAUAGAGGGAAAAUGCGCUUCCCACACAAAGCCCAACUUUAAUGGUAGUUUGAUGAUGAUAAUGAUAUAUUAUUAAUAACUAAACAAAUGAGAAAAAAGUGUUCAAUUUUAAUACAUUAUACUACCGAAAUUUCCAAAACGUGAAAAUAGAAUACAGAUUCUACGUCUGAAAUAGACAACAUCAAAUUUCAUACAAGAACAAAACGUUAAAAUUACCUGAAUGUUAAAUUAGAAUUUCAUACAUGUCGUAGAAAUUGCUACUGCAUCUCCUCUCUAUCUUUAUCUUUAUCUCUAUAAUCCAAGCAAACCCUCUCUACAAUGUUUUAGCACCUAAAUCAUACACACAUGAAAAAUAGUUAUGUUCCAUUGAGGACUUGAAAAAAAUUAUAUACAUAAAUUAAAUGAAAUUUCUAACAAUUUUUUUUAAAAAAUUGGUGCUGCUUACUUUAUCCCCUGAUAAUUGGAAAUUUAUAUCAAUCCAGUUGAUUGGAAUAUAUGCUUAUAAUAAGAUGUUGAUGCUUACACAUCUCAACAGUGCUGCUGAAAAAGGUAGUGACACACAUGAUUAAAAUAUAUUCUAGCAAACAAAUUCAAUGUGUUAUUUUUAUUAAAAAUCAUAAAAGAGUUUUUUUUUUCUUCCGGCAUCUCAAAUACAUAAGUUUAUGAAAAAUAAAAAAAUAUAUUAAAAUAAAUUUUAAUCAAACCGUGACACACAAAAAAAAAUGUUUGUGAAAAAUAAAUUGUCCAUUUGUGGAUGAGUGUGGCUCAUUUAUUGAGGAGCUAUGUUCAUGUUAAACUAGUCUUAAGAAAAAUCAUAAAAAUAAACGAAUUAUCGAAAUCUACGAAGGCUGUUGAGUGGGGAGUUAAAUUGGUGGAAGGAAGAAUUUCCAGUCAAUUAUGGAAGUAAUUCAACAACUUUCCAUUAAAGCUUUCUUUCAUAAACUUUCCAAUAAACUGGAAAUAUUCCAUUGGAAUAAAAAGCUUAUAUUGAAACUUCCAGUAAAAAGUAAAUUUUCAAACAAAAUUUCCGCUAAAAAUUCAAAAGCUUCCAAUAAACUUCCAGUGGAAUGAAGUAAUUUUCUAAAAGCACUGGAAGGUUUUUAUUGGAAAGUAAAGCUUCAAAAACAUCAAAAUGAAAGAUUUAGGAGCAAAUUUAUUAAAACUUAGAUUUUUCAUCGCUUUUAAAUGAUAUUCUAGUGAGAUUGGAAGUAUUCCAAUCAAAAAAUGCAAGAUAAAAUUUAAAAAAAUUGAAACUUUACAUUUUUUUGCAACUGCUCCACAUCCUCAAAUCAAACAGUCUUUCGAAAAUUCAUAAAAAAAGUGAUUCGACUCCUUCAUGGUCAAUCACAAAAUGCGUGUUUCACGCCUCAUAAGUUAUACGGAUUUUAUAAAUAUCUCUUUACACCAAAGGAUAUUCUAAUGAAAGAAGUAUCUCUUCUACUCACUUGAUUUUUCUCAACACAACAACCAGCUUUGAAUUAUAGAAAUCAUCGCAAGAUAUUUCAGUUCAAACAAUCCAGCACAGACAAAAAACUAUUGCAUUGCUCCCAAAAAAUGAGCCACAAAACCUAAAAGAACAUAAAAAAACUGCCUUACUUGUGAGAAAUGAUUAUUAAUAAAAUAUCCAAAAUUUUACCAAUUUGAUGUGUGCUCUCGCAUUAAUGGAGCUUUCAGCUAAAAAAAAGAGAAAAAAAUUGACAUUGUAACGUACUAUUUUAUGUAUUAAAAGUGAAGAAUGAUGAUUUUGGUAAUUAUUUUUUAUAAUAUUAAUUAAUUAUGAGCUUUUUGGAUAUGCGAAGGAACUAAAACUUAAGUUUUUCGAGUUUCAGGGAUCGUUGGUUUUUUGGGGUAUACACAAGGGUUAACCCUAGUCAUACUUAAGUUUAUGAAUAGAGUAUGUCCCUAGUUUAUACUCGAACAAAUCCAGAUCCAGCUUGAAGAAAAGAAAAU